UGUCCAUUGACUUCACAUUCCACUCUCUUGCAAUUUGAUUGGACCGUUGAAAAAGCAGAUUUAACAUCACCCAUCAUUGGGACCCAUUUUUGGGACCCACAUUUCGACCUUAUCAUCAUUUAACCACGUCAUAUCAUAUCAAGCAGACAAGAAUCGCGUUUGUUUCCACGUCGGAUUCGCUCGAACAAACGCCCGUUAUAUAUAAACAAUUAAUGCCACCACUACAACAACCGGUCUCUCACUUAAAGCAGCGAAAAGCCCAAAAGGCGCCGGCAUGGCUCAGCUCCUCCUCUUCCGUUGCCAAAAGCCCGUUUCACCCGCCACCACCACCGCCACCGCCGUCACUCCCAUAGACGGCGCAACCUCCGCCGCCGCCCAACAAUGCCUGCCGAGCUGCAGCGACUUCGGGCGGCGGCUGGUGCGCAAGCUGAAAAAACAGAGCAAAAUGCUCUGCACUGCGACCGCCGUUUGCCGUACGGCCGGCGAUACAGCCUCCUUUCAGUGCCAGUAUGAUCCGCUCAGCUACUCACGGAACUUCGACGGCUGCUCUGCGCUUGAUGACGACUCCUCGCAUUUCUACUACACAUUUUCUUCAAGGUUUGCUCGCCCGUUAGCCGCCUCUCAUUAAGAGCUGUUGGAGGAGGAAGACGACUCUGUUAUUCCUUUUUUUUUCUCUCUUACCUGUAAUUCGAUUUCUUGUUAUUAUUAUUAUUUUUUUUUAUUUGCUUGUAUGAAAAUUAUGGUUGCUUUAUUAUAAUCAAACAGAGUUGGAUUUGGAGA